UGGGAAUAUAUGCCAUUUUUGCAAGCUUCCAGGCCAUUUCAUUAGGGAGUGUCCAUUUUGUUACCAGCCACAUGGAGCGGAGAUGGCGGCAAGAAUUCGAGAGGGAGGAUCGGGUGGCCCGAGCUGGAGCGGCUCAAAUGGUAUUCUGGCAGUGCUAGGGCAAGGGGUGAGCACCUCCAAUGCGAUCGUCCCAUAUCAAGGACCGCAGGGAAGGAAUUAUGGGGGGAACGGUGAAAGUCUCAAUGAUGGCGGGAGUUUCAAUAACGGUGGAGGUUAUAAUAGGGGUAGUUAUAAUAACAAUGGUCAGAGAUACUCGAGACCCUGGACGGGAGGCAACAAGGAUUGGGAUCGAGAGUAUGAUCGGGAUGAGCGGGAACAACGUACGCGUGAAAACGCUAAGCUGCUGGUGCUUGAAGAAGAGAAGAAAAAGCUGCAAGCGGAGGAGGAGAAGAGAGUACAGGCUACUAAGGAUAGAGAGCAGCAGGAGGCUCGUUUGGGCAGAAUUGUGCGAACAAGUGUUAAGGCGGUGUGCGAAUCAGCUCUGGGGAGAAAGGUGGACAUUCCGGAGGAUGACGAUAAUGAGGUGGCGAAACUGAGGAAGGAGCUGGAGGAAUUGCGCGCAAAAAGUCAGGAUAAUUCAAGUGAAUCGCAUUUGGAAGCCUUGCGGAAGGAGAAGGAUGCGCUCCUGAAAAGAAACCAAGAAAGUGAUGAGGAGAGACUGCGCAAGGAGAUUGCCGAGCUGAAGAGCAGGAAGGAACAGGAUAAACCUGCUUGCGAAGGGAAGGAUGUGAUUAUGGUUUUGCAACUGCAGAUCAAGGAGUUGGGGGUUUUCAGGUCCGCCCUUAAGGAGAAGAAUGCAGAGGUUUCGGCUUUGAAAUCGGAAAAUAAGCAUUUAAGGAAGGAUGUCUCCGAGCUCCGUGAAGAAUUCGUCAACAUCAAGGGCAAGUGGGCGGUUGAAGAAGUGACGGGAAACAGUCCACUAGAGGAACCGGCAAGGGGCAAGCAACGGGCUGAUCCCUCUCCAACGGCGAUGUAUACACCUAAAGAUCUCGAGGCCCUUCAGAAGGCGUACAAGGCUGCCCUACAGAGUAAGGAGAUGGCGCUCAAGGAGGCUAAGAUGUUGAAGGAGCGGAUGACGCGUAUGGGUGCAUCACGAAUACGUAUAUCAACACAUAGAACGACUGCAAGGAAAACAAUGCCGCGGAACCUGAGAACGAGUUUUCAGGCGGUGGAUGUGGGUUCUGACGACGACAGAGGAGACAAAGGUGGAGAUAAUAGGAAGGCUCGUACUUCUGUGGACGUAGCUCACAAUCUGAAAGUCGCAAAGAUGGCAGGCUUCUGUGAGACGAGGCUUAAGGAGAUCCGCCAGGCGAAGAAGGCGGAUAUGGAAACAGCGUGUGUCGAUGAGGGUAUUACCUACAUCAAGUUGGAUCAAGCCAAAGCGGAUGUGGCAGAAAUCCGAGCUAGCUGCGACUACGCCGAUUCAAUUUGGCUCAAAGAGAGAGAAAAAGGACAGGACGAUGACCAGGAUCAGCACUACGCGACAUCGACUGAGGAGGUCGGGGAGGAGUGAGGGGACUCCCUGAGUGCGUCGCGACUACGGGAGCUGACCUAACUGUGUCGAGAUUUUCAUGAUGAGUUGCGUUCCAAUCAG